AUGUUCAUUGCACGCAGAGCACUCAGACUCCCAGCACACGCUCAACGUAGAUACGCCUCCUCCAGCACUCCCAGAGGCGCUGAUGGAAUCGUUGUCCCCGUCGAAGGCGAAUCCGGCUUCAUGCAUAAGAGAGCAGCGACGAGUGAACACGCACACGAAUCGAGUGAAUUGUGGAGAAAGAUCUCACUCUACGUCGCUCUCCCUGGGUGUCUCCUCGGCGCUCUCUGGACCAAGAACCUCGAAGAAGCCCACGAGGCUCACCACCACCACGUCGUCGAAGAAAACGGCGGCGAGGAGCCGGAGAAGGUCGCCUACCCUUACCUCCGCAAACUCGAAAAGACUUUCCCUUGGGGUGAGAAGCCGCUGUUCAACACUCUGCUCGGGCAGGACUAA